AUGUCGCAAGCAGCCGUUGCCAGCAGCAGUGUGAACUACAAGCUGCCGGAUCUGAGCUAUACGCCCGGAGAUCUCACCGAGCCGGAAUAUCGUCUGCCCUCGCACCAGCAGCUGCUGGACGCGAAACUCAAGCCACAAAAUGCGCCCGAACGGGAGCUACCCCUAAGCCGUCUCUAUUUGGACGAGGAGGCGGACAGAUUUGAUCGAGCCGGAGCGAAGGAGGUGAGCAGACAAUUUCCGGCUCUAGCCGCCGCCCAGGCCAAAUACACGGGUCAACUGAAUCAGAACUCGAGUCUAGUUCCGUCCGAGUUGGACUUCUCGCCCGGCAGAGAUCUGAUCUCAAGUAGACCAGUGCCCGCUCCCACUCCCGCUCUAGCUGAAACAGACUUGAGCCGUAAGAUGCCAUUGCACUCGAUUACGGAGAAGCCGAAUGAACGUUGUCCGUCGCCCGUAGUGCCAGCGUAUGCGAACUUCGAGCUGGCCAAGCGAAUGCAUCAGGAUAACCUCGACCAUCAGCCGUUGCCCGAUUGCGUCGCUGACUUGGCCUUUCGCAAGGCCCAAAUAACUGGAGGUCACGGCGGCCUAGCCCUCGACAUCGAUCCCAUUGCCACGGGCGUUGGUGUGAAGACCCACAACGCCGGCCCGACGCACUGCACCAAGAUGAAAGUCUAUCGACCAAAGACGGGAGGCGUUCUACCCAAAGCCUUGAACGGAGAUCCGUUCCGUGGAAUCGGCUCGGCGCCACCGAAAAAGAUGGGCGCGAUGGACCUGGCCAUUGGGUGGGACUUCAAGCCAGCCAAUCCGGCGGACGAGCCUCGUCUGGCAAGGCACAUAGAUGGCUCCAACGAUUCCGCUGGACCGGCCGUGUUCACGUGCGUCAAAACCCCUAGGGAAGAGCAGCCCAACAUAGAGCUGGGUCGCUCUGCGGGCGUAUUUACGAGCACCAUGGGUGAACCGGACUUUUUCGACAAGGACAUACUACGGCGGAAAACGGACUUUGCCGGCCGAUCAAUGGCUCGGGAGGAGAACUGCGGCUGCGACUACGCACCGCCUGCGCGUGCACGCAGCGUCUCGCGGGAGUCCAGCGCUUCGCAUUGUCGUCGAGCUCCAAAUUUACUCGACUCCAGCGGGCACUCCGGCGGCGUUAGCUUUGGACUGCCAACGAAUCGCCUAGCCAAGCAGUAUCAGUCCUCGCCCAUGCUGGGCGAUAAAGCCUAUCAAGCGCUGCGAGAAAAGUAUCUCGGACCGGACACCAGCGAUUGCCACACGGGCUGUCCGCAAAUCCCGGGCCCGGCUUGCAGGCGAGAUCAGCCGGCUCGUCGACCGACGCGUCGCCUCUGCCACAAAGUGGCACCGGCUCCCCGAUGCUGUCCCUCGGCUCACGGCCAUUGCCUGUCGAGCAAGGCGGCCUUUCGUGCCGGCAUGCCCAAGCUGAAUGCCUCCGGCGAUUUCGUGGGCAUCCCGCCGAGCUGCGGAGCUGCCUCGGGUGGAGCUGCACGUGUUUUGGUCGUGCCACGCCCCCGACAGCCGUAUGCGAAAAAGAACUACGACAUCGACACGCUGGUGCCACCGUUCCGCAGUCAAGGCGGCGGCGCCGGACAAGGCGGCUAUCCGGAGCACUGGAGGCUGGCCAGCGUCUAUCAGCACGCCUACAAGCCGCCCGAGCAGCGCAGGAGACCCCUGCUGCAGACUGUCUACAAGUAGAGCUGCAGCUUGCUCAC